UAAACGCCACAGUCGUCUCAGACCGUGGCACAAGGGGCCCUCGUCGUUUUCCUUUCACGAUGACCUAAAAGGGCGUGAAACGGGCGACUCCGGCAAGAGAGAUGGAGCUUUUAGGCUGAGCAGCAGCAUCAGGACCGCGGAUGCGUGCGCACUCGUUGGCUCAACUUGCAGCCGCUUCUCCUGCAUCGAGUCAUGUCUAAUCCAGAGCGAUGGGCAAGUUUGAUGACAACGAGAGGAUAAUCCUCAACGUCGGGGGUACGAGGCACGAGACGUAUAAGAGUACUCUAAAGACCCUGCCGGGGACGCGCUUGGCCCUGCUCGCCUCCGACUCCGACCUGAGUUCGGUGCUGGAUCAGCUGCAACAAGUCCCUGGCUUCAUCGAGUACAAUGCGCGGACCAACGAGUACUUCUUCGACCGCCACCCGGGCGUCUUCGCCUACGUGCUCAACUACUACCGCACGGGGAAGCUCCACUGCCCGGCGGAUGUGUGCGGACCUCUGUUCGAGGAGGAGCUCUCCUUUUGGGGUAUCGAUGAGACGGACGUGGAACCGUGCUGCUGGAUGACGUACCGGCAGCACCGCGAUGCCGAGGAGGCGCUGGACGUGUUCGAGCUCAACGUGGAUACCGGGGAGCAGGAGGACGACGACGUGGGGAAGAGGCUCGGAAUCGAGGACGUGCAGACCGCCGACGGGAGUGGCAGCCUAUGGAGGAAGUGGCAACCGGUAGUCUGGAAUCUUUUCGAGGACCCCUAUUCAUCCAGGGCGGCCAGGUUUAUUGCCUUUGCGUCUUUGUUCUUCAUCCUGGUUUCCAUUACCACCUUCUGCUUGGAGACCCACGAGGCGUUCCACACCAUCAUCAACAAGACGGAGGCCACGCGGAACAGUAGCCUGCCGGAUCUGGGACCGCAGUACGAGAUUGAGACCGACCCCGCUCUCACAUAUGUGGAAGGCGUUUGCGUCUUCUGGUUCACCAUUGAGUUCCUGGUGCGGGUGACCUUCUGCCCGGUCAAGUUGGAAUUUGUUAAGAGUCUGCUUAACAUCAUCGACUUUGUGGCGAUCCUUCCGUUCUACUUGGAAGUAGGCCUGAGUGGCCUUUCCUCAAAAGCUGCCAAGGAUGUGUUGGGAUUCCUCAGGGUGGUGCGUUUUGUUCGUAUCCUUCGUAUCUUUAAGCUAACCCGUCACUUUGUGGGCCUUCGAGUAUUAGGCCACACGCUGCGAGCCAGCACCAAUGAAUUCCUGUUACUAAUCAUCUUCCUGGCGUUGGGAGUGUUGAUAUUCGCCACCAUGAUCUAUUACGCCGAACGCAUUGGCGCUAAGCCCAAUGAUCCCACGGCUAGCCUCCACACAAAAUUCAAGAACAUCCCCAUCGGCUUCUGGUGGGCCGUGGUGACCAUGACCACUCUGGGAUACGGCGACAUGUAUCCAAAGACGUGGUCUGGCAUGGUCGUGGGCGCGCUUUGCGCUUUGGCUGGAGUGCUUACGAUAGCCAUGCCAGUGCCUGUGAUCGUCAAUAACUUUGGGAUGUACUACUCCUUGGCUAUGGCCAAGCAGAAGCUCCCCAAGAAGCGGAAGAAACAUAUUCCUCAGGCAGUCCAGGGAGGGUCCCCGACCUACUGCAAAGCAGAUCUCACCACCACCUGUAACAGCACUCAAGGUGACCUGUGCCACGUCAAAGGCGGGAGGGUACUUGAACGCAACCGCUCAGUUCUGUCAGCGGACUGUAGCGGUGGCAGCGACCUGACCAUGUCUCCAGAGGAGAGGGUCCCCAUGCGAAGGUCGAGCACCCGGGAACAAGACCGCCGGAGUGGGGGGACGUGUUUUCUACUCGCUGCUAGUGAUUAUAACUGUCCCGCAGAUGGAGGCAUAAGAAAGACAGGCUACGAGAAAUCUCGGAGUUUAAACAACAUAGCGGGCGUGACCGGUAACGCCCUCAGGUUGUCUCCAGUCACCUCUCCGUACGGAUCACCCUGCCCACUCCGGCGCUCCCGUUCCCCUAUUCCCUCCAUCCUGUGAGAUGUCCUGCGCCACCACAAUUUUUUUUUGCAUUCCAUACCUUACGAUCACUAACUGAACUAUCUGCUAGAUAUCAUGACUAGUGUUAAACACAUGUAGCAAAGACUGAUAAGUGUGCUUGGCUAUCAUCACUUGAAAUUUCUUUGUUUGAUUGACAUAUUGUCAUAUCGCAAUAAAAACUGAACGGUGGCUUUUGAAAUAGCAGCCAUAACAUUUAAUAAUAAAGGACAUGUUUAUAAUCAGGAAUAUAAGAUGUUGCUCUAUUUCAUUGCCUUGUGGGAAAACGUGCUUCCAUCAAAAAUAAGAGCGAGAUAGAGAUGUUUUUUUCACCAUUUUAGAUUGAUUUGAUUCCCCCCCGAUGGGGCAUUUGUCAUUCACUAGAUCACACACGUCUGUGUCCUGUUCACCUGCUCAUGUUUUUGCAUGGACUUCACUCUGUAAACCAUCGUUGUCUGCAAGCCAUGUUGCCAGUGGAGACCACACCAGGCACACUGUGAAAAUGUCAUAUAUAUGCGGCCAUCUGAAAAGGGAAGAACGGCAGAUUUUAAGUACGAGCAAGGGUGUAGGUUUGCAUAGGGACGGUAGGGUCAUAACACUAGCAACUUUUCAGGAUGCUCAAAUUGUCCCCACCAACUUCUAAGCAACCUUAUUUGCAUUUUAUAAUGAUUUCAGUUAUAUAUGUAAUUUAGAUUGCCUUCCCAUACGUUGUAAGGACACAAUUGACCCUACCAUUAUUAAGUGAAUUAUUUCAUUAUGUUCAGACUUAUAUUUAACCCCUUUUCACUUGCUGAAUGUGCUAGUCCAUUUUUUCCCCCUCAAACUCACGUUUGAUUGGCUGAUGACUUAACCCCUCCCCCGCCCACACACACACGCACUGACUCGACGAAAAAACAACAUGUCGCCAACAUGCCGCCUCAUCCGCCCCCUUCAAAGAGCAGGGUUAUUAGAAGUUUUUUUUUUCCACCAGCAGCAGCCACUGUAAGUCAUGUAAAAAGACAUCAAUGUUAUGGAGUUGGGGAACACUCCACUAAUUUUGCUCCUGCUACAGUGCUUUAAGUUGAUUUUACUCACUGAGAUUUCUUGAAAUAAGAAAAACAGCUAGCGGAAAAUAGAAUUAGUCAGAAAUGUUCUUAAUUCAAGAAUAUUGUUGAAAACAUUAUUUGAAUGAUUUUUUUUCUCGAUUUUGGUGAAUAACGGCCAACAUUUUGAUGUAUGGGCUCAAUACAAACAAAUAGUAAUAUUUACUUAAAGAAAGUGGAAGAACCUGACGCAUUAAUCUGUUAACUAGCCUUUAACACUCAAAAAAAAUAAAUAAAUAAAAAUAAAUAAAUAAAUAAAUUUAAAAAAUCAGCCAGCAGCAGACACUAUAAGUCAUGUAAAAAGACGUCAAUGUUAUGGAGGUGGGGAACACUCCACUGAUUUUGCUACUGCUACAGUGCUUCAAGUCGAUUUUACUCGCUGAUAUUUCUUGAAAUAAGAAAAACAGCUGCUGAAAAUAAGCUUAACAGAUUUAUUUUAAGGAAAAAGUUUGUAUAUUCAAUCUUAAAAGAAAAACUUGUCAGAAAUGGUCCUAAUUCAAGAAUAUUGUUGAAAACAUUAUUUGAAUGAAUUUUUUUCUUGAUUUAGGUGAAAGAUGACCAACUUUUGGAUGUAUGGGCUCAAUACGAACAAAUAGUAAUAUUUACUUAAAGUAAGUGGAAGAAUCUGACGCAUUAAUCCAUUAACUAGCCUUUACACUCAAAAAGUUUUUUUCAGCCAGCAGCAACCGCUGUAAGUCAUGUAAAAAGACGUCAAUGUUAUGGAGGUGGGGAACACUCCACUAAUUUUGCUACUGCUACAGUGCUUUAAGUCGAUUUUACUCACUGAGAUUUCUUGAAAUAGGAAAAACAGCUAGCGGAAAAUAGAAAUAGUCAGAAAUGUUCUUAAUUCAAGAAUAUUGUUGAAAUCAUUAUUUGAAUGAAUUUUUUUGAAUUUUUUUGUUGAUUUAGGUGAAAGAUGACCAACCUUUAGAUGUUUGGGCUCAAUACGAACAAAUAGUAAUAUUAGAGGAAGAAUCUGACGCAUUAAUCUGCUAACUAGCCUUUAACACUCAAAAUGUUUUUUUUCCCCGCCAGCAGCAACCACUGUAAGUCAUGUAAAAAGAAGUCAAUGUUGUGGAGGUGGGGAACACUCCACUAAUUUUGCUACUACUAAUUCAAGUCGAUUUUACUCACUGAGAUUUCUUGAAAUAAGACAAACAGCUAGCUGAAAAUAAGCUUAACAGUAUAUUUAAUUUUAAAAGAAAAACUUGUCAGAAAUGUUGUUAAUUCAAGAUUAUUGUUGAAAACAUUAUUUGAAUGAAUUUUUUUCUUGAUUUAGGUGAAAGAUGACCAACUUUUAGAUGUUUGGGCUCAAUACGAACAAAUAGUAAUAUUUGAUUUAAGUAAGUGGAAGAAUCUGAUGCAUUAAUCUGUUAACUAGCCUUUAACACUCAAAAUGUUUUUUUCCGCCAGCAGCAACCACUGUAAGUCAUGUAAAAGGACGUCAAUGUUGUGGAGGUGGGGAACACUCCACUAAUUUUGCUACGACUAAUUCAAGUCGAUUUUACUCACUGAGAUUUCUUGAAAUAAGAAAAACAGCUAGCUGAAAAUAAGCUUAACAGUAUAUUUAAUCUUAAAAGAAAAACUUGUCAGAAAUGUUCUUAAUUCAAGAAUAUUGUUGAAAACAUUAUUUGAAUGUUUUUUUUCUCGAUUUAGGUGAAAGAUGACCAACUUUUAUAUGUAUUGGCUCAAUACGAACAAACAGUAAUAUUUGAUUAAAGUAAGUGGAAGAAUCUGACGCAUUAACCUGUUAACUAGCCUUUAACACUGAAAAAGUUUUUUUUCCUGCCAGCAGCAACCACUGUAAGUCAUGUAAAAAGACGUCAAUGUUGUGGAGGUUGGGAACACUCCACUAAUUUUGCUACUGCUACAUUGCUUCAAGUCGAUUUUACUCACCGAGAUUUCUUGAAAUAAGAAAAACAGCUGAAAAUAGAAAUAGUCGGAAAUGUUCUUAAGAAUAUUGUUGAAAACAUUAUUUGAAUGAAUUUUUUUGUUGAUUUAGGUGAAAGAUGACCAACCUUUAGAUGUAUGGGCUCAAUAUGAACAAAUAGUAAUAUUUGAUUAAAGUAAGUGGAAGAAUCUGACGCAUUAAUCUGUUAACUAGCCUUUAACACUCAAAAAAAAAAAAAAAAAAAAAAAAAAAAAAAAAAAAUUCAGCCAGCAGCAGCCACUGUAAGCCAUGUAAAAAGACGUCAAUGUUGUGGAGGUGGGGAACACUCCACUAAUUUUGCUCCUGCUACAGUGCUUCAAGUCGAUUUUACUCACUGAGAUUUCUUGAAGAAAAACAGCUUGCUGAAAAUAAGCGUAAUAAACUUUAAGCAAAAAGUUCAUAUAUUUAAUCUUAAAAGAAAAACUUGUCAGAAAUGUUCUUAAUUCAAGAAUAUUGUGGAAAACAUUAUUUGAAUGAAUUUUUUUCUUGAUUUAGGUGAAAGAUGACCAACUUUUAGACGUGUGGGCUCAAUACGAACAAAUAGUAAUAUUUUGUUAAAGUGGAAGAAUCUGACACAUUAAACUGUGAACUAGACUUUAACACUCAAAGUUUUUUUUCCCGCCAGCAGCAGCCACUGUAAGUCAUGUAAAAAGACGUCAAUCUUAUAGAGUUGGGGGACACACCUCUAAUUUUGCGACUGAAAUUUUGCUACAACCUGCAUCAGAGUUUGCAUAACAUUAAACUGUGUGAAUUUGCUAACCUGCAAAACUCGAGUAGGAAUACAAAGAAGUGUCCUCCACUUUUGUAUGUAUUUUCUGCUGUUAACGUUAAUUAAACUGUGAGAAAUGUAGUGAACCGAGGUUUACCCCCUUUUACCCCAUUUUCAUUUUUGUUUUGUUUAUGUGGUCUUAAAGCAACACUUGUUAAUUUUUCAGUUUUGGUCGAUUUUAGCGACGCUGGUGGGCAAAAGCGGUAGUCUUUUUUAAGACUGCGUUUCCCAUGAGGACCAGCGCAUGAGCGCACAGUGUCUUCCUAUGAGGGGCGUAACAGAAAAUGAUCAGUUAGCCUAUCAAAUAAUAAGGUUCAUAUCCAUGAGAAAUGUAGCCCUGACCCCCGUUUACCCAAUCUGUUUGGUCUUAUUAAUGUCCCGUCCCCAGCAAAAAGUGUACAUUCAUGUUAUGCUGUUAUAUCGUCCCUACCAAUGUUGAGCCCAAACCUACACCCUUGAGUACGAGGACCUGUGCAUUAAGUUAGGCGAUGUUACUUUAAGUUGGCAAACAGCCACUAAUAACCCAUAUGCAGUCUUGUAUCAUUGCCACAUUAUCGGAAUUUCUUGGGGGGUAACAUUCCGAGACAACUUUAAAUUCUAACUUUAGUAUUUUCUGACUUGAGUAACUUUCAAAUUUGUUCCUCCUAAUUAAUAAAAAAAAGAAAACUCAUUUCCAUUUGGCCCUUAUACUUAAACAAAUUGUCACUUUGCAUUAGUCAAACUGAAAGAUAUCCAUCAGUGUUAUUACAGAAAAGUCAUCGCUCACUUGCUGACAUUGUGUUUAAUGAAUUUUGGGUCCCGUUGCACAAAGUCGAGAAAGAGGGUGUUCUUUCCUUUCCGCAUGACGGCACAUAUAUGCACGUAAAAGUUGUAUGUUUCUGGUUGUUCACUCUUAGAUAACUGCAAAGAGAUGGUGUUUACUGGUUUCACACAAGCAGAGAGUGGCGUUCUAUCUUAAUGGCUUUGGGAAAGCAGCGCCCUUGGCAGAAAGGUAACCCCUCUGCAUGGGUCAUGGGUUCAAUGCAGAUAUCUCUUAGUUAUUGGCUCCAAAUGUUAGUGGUUUUGGUUGUAUGCACUCAAAGAUGGAGGUCACUCAAUAAUCUAUGAGACGACAGAAGGGGAGACCUUUGUGGGCUUGUAGUUGGUUUUAUUUCAUGUGUUAGCAAAGUGCCUUGAAAUAAUGUGAACAUGUAAUUGAACUGAAUGGGAUCGCAGAAGAUCCAAGCAGGGCCGAGAACCAAAAGUGGUAUUUGCCAUGUGGCAAAAUGGAUUUUGCCAUGUGGCAUUUUUUUUGGCUUGCGGCAAUUUUUUUUGCUAUGUGGCAAAAUGGAUUUUGCCAAGUGGCAUUCUUUUGGCACUCUAAUGUAAAGUGUAUGGUCAAAAAUCACAGCCACACGUUUUUCUGCCAUUUAAAAUGAAUGGAAAAUGUGGACGUGCAUAGCCGUCAAUGGCAUAGCCUGAUUUGGGUGUCCGUUGAAUGUCAAUGCGCUGUAAUGAUAAGUGGAUGGCCAAAAAUCACAGCCAAACAUGUUUUUCUGCCAUUUAAAAUGAAUGGAAAAUUUGGACGUGCAUGGCGGUCAAUGGCAUGGACAUGCAUGGCCAGCAAAACUGCCAUAUGCCCCCUAAAAAUGCCAUAUAACCCCCCAAAAAAAUGCCACAAACCCAAAUCCAUUUUGCCACAUACCCAAAAAUCAGUUUUGGCUAAUGGCAAAAAAAAGAAUGCCUCAUGGCAAAAUCAAUUUUGCCACAUGGCGAAAAAAAUGCCACAUGGCAAAAUCCACAAAAAAAAAAAAAAAAAUCCCACAUAGCAAAAAAAUGCCACAUGGCGAAAUCCAUUUUGCCAUGUGGCAAAAAAAAAAUGCCACAUGGCAAAUUUCACUUUGCCAAACGGCAAAAAAAUGCCACAUGGCAAAAUCCAUUUUGCCAAGUGGCGAAAAAAUGUCACAUAGCAAAAUCAAUUUUGCCGCAUGGCAAAAAAAUGCCACAUAGCAAAAUCCACAAAAAAAAUUUCCCAACUGGCAAAAAAAUGCCACAUGGCAAAAUCCAUUUUGCAAAGUGGCAAUAAAAUGCCAUGAGGCAAAAAAAAAAAAAAAAAAGCCGCAUGGCAAAUUCCAUUUUGCCACAUGGCAAAAAAAAUUUGCCACAGGGCAAAAAAAAUGCCACAAGGCAAAAAAAAUGCCGCAAGGCAAAAAAAAUGCCACAUGGCAAAUUCCAUUAUGCCACAAGGCAAAAAAAUGCUGCAUGGCAAAAUUGCAAAAUGAAAAAACCGAAAAAAUAAAUAAAUAAAUAAAAGCCACAUGGCAAAAUCCAUUUUGCACAUGGCAAAAAAAAAAAAAUGCCACAUGGCAAAAUCCACCAAAAAAAAAAAAAAAAUUCCCACAUGGUAAAAAAAAUGCCACAUGGCAAAGUCCAUUUUUCGAUGUGGCAAAAAAUGCCACAUGGUAAAUUCCACUAUGCCACAUGGCAAAAAAAUGCCACAUGGCAAAAUCCAUUUUGCCAUAUGGCAAAAAAAAACGCCACAUGGCAAAAUCCAUUUUGCCAUAUGGCAAAAAAACGCCACAUGGAAAAAAAAAAUGCCACAUGGCAAAAUCCACAAAAAAAAAAAAAUUCCCACAUGGUAAAAAAAAUGCCACAUGGCAAAGUCCAUUUUGCGAUGUGGCAAAAAAUGCCACAUGGUAAAUUCCACUUUGCCACAUGGCAAAAAAAAUGCCACAUGGUAAAUUCCACUUUGCCACAUGGCAAAAAAAAUGCCACAUGGCAAAAUCCAUUUUGCCAUAUGGCAAAAAAACGCCACAUAGCAAAAAAAAAAAAAAUGCUACGUGGCAAAUUCCAUUUUGCCGCAUGGCAAAAAAACGCCACAUGGCAAAAUCCAUUUUACUAAAUGGCAAUAAAAUGCCGUAAGGCAAAAAAAAAAAA